AUGAACAGGGCCGGCGGCUCCCGUCGCGCGUGCGUUGCUGGCGACUUCGAACAAUGUCUACAUGUCGUCUUCGAGCGGCCCAGGCCCUGCUUGUUCCGCGGGUCGGAACUGAUGUGCCAGCCCACCGUGGUGGAGGACCUCCUGGACGUCUGCGGUCGCUGUCGGACCUGGCCGGGCUCCUAUGAGCUGUGGCGGGCACCGCCGCUCCCGCCCGGCUGGGACGAGGACUUAUCCGACGGCACCGUCCCGGAUGGGGACUACGAGGACAGUAGUUCGGAGGAGAGCCCAUGCUCAUCCGUGUUAAGUACCGUUUUUAGUCUGUCAGAUGAAUGUUCCACGGGCGAUACGGACUCCUGCAGCGAUUACGAGGAGGAGGACGGCGAUGGCUGGAAAGGCGGUGACGAUGCUGGGGAAGGCGAAUAUAGCCUGACGAGGCGGGACACAUGCCUACUACCGGGUUAA